GAAUGGAUGCUGGAUCAGACUCUUUGCAUUAAUCAGAAACACAGAAUGUAGGUCAGAGUAGCAAUACAGCUCGCCCUGGAGGAAUCUGGAGGCUUUCACCCUCGCGUCUUGCUCAAUUUAAACCCUAAACGAGUGGAUCUUGCGACCGACUGUUGUAUUCUUGUUCUUUGGUUAAUGUUUAAAAUGAUUUUAUCUCCACACAGCCCUACUGUCCUGUUAAUGGAGAAUGCUGUACUCUGCAGUCAUACCUCGUAUUGUGUGUAUGAUUGCAGUCAGUCAGUGCUCUUGCUCAGUCACAUUGGGAGCUGUGUGCCUGGCUGCGCUGUGAAGUCCCAGCACCGGCUGCCCCUAUUGUUGAUGCUGAGAGUCAGCCCCUUGCACUGAGUUAAUUCAGGGUCAGAAACACAUCGUGCGGCAACCGUGCAAUAGCAGAACGCAUAGAAUCAAUCCCACCUUUGAUUGCAAAAAUCCUGAACGAAAAACAAAAUCUGUUUUGCCAGGGGCGGAGAGGCUCAGACCUCCCAUUGUUUGUAUGCCAGGGGUCAUGUCGUCGGGCUUCCCGUCUACAUCCAGCUCGGUGUCUGCCGGCUGCACCUCGUCCUGCAUCGGGCGUGUUGGAAGUUCCUGCAAGGACUAUGAUCUGGAGUACGACUCCUACCAGCCUUACUUCUACCCGGACGACUACGGCCCCGAGGCGGACUUCUACCCCCCGAGUGAGGACAUCUGGAAGAAGUUCGAGCUGCUGCCCACCCCGCCGCUGUCCCCGAGCCGGGCGGGGAGAUGCCGAGCCCCCGAGGACUGGGUAUCCGAGUUGCUGCUGCUGGAAGAGGACGGGGAUGGAGAUGGAGAGGAGCCCGGGCUUGGGCUGUGCUGUUGCGGAGCAGGAGGAGCAGGAGGUCCCGGGGCAGGGAGCAGCAGCCAGAGUGGGGUCACUAGGAGCCAGGCGAACCCCAUCGUGCUGCAGGAUUGUAUGUGGAGUGGCUUCUCCGCCCGGGAGAAGCUGGAGAAGGUGGUCACCGAGAAGCUAUACGCGGCUCAGGCUCACGGCAGGCUCGGUCUCCCGGUCGUUGGGGGCUGCCCCGGCUCCUCUGCGUCUCCCGCUCCCGCUCCCACUCCAGCCGCAGGGACGCGGUGCCCCCCCACCGCCCUGGGUACACACACCAACCCCACACCCCCUACCCCCACCCCCACACCCACCCCCAGCCCGGGCACCCUCCAGCUCCAAACCCCUGAUACACAGUGUGUGGACCCGGCUGUGGUCUUCCCGUUCCCCCUCGCCCGGGACGAGGCGGCUCCGGCGGCAGCGGGACCUCCAGACCCAGCCCCUUCCCACCCCCGGGGGGGGGCAGGGGCUGCUUCACUCAUCGGCUCCGGCAACGAGACUCCCAGCGACUCCGGGGAAGAUGAGGAUGACGAUGAGGAAGAGGAAGAAGAAGAUGAAGAAGAGGAAGAGGAGGAGGAGGAAGAAGAGGAGGAAGAGGAAGAAGAAAUUGAUGUGGUAACAGUUGAGAAGCGGCGAUCGUCAUCCACCAAGCAUGUGACUACCCUUACAGUGACUGUGCGCUCUCACAACGCAAGCUGCGGGUCAUCCAAGAACCACAACGCCUCACUGAUGAAAAGGUGUGCACCUAUACACCAACAGCACAACUACGCUGCCCCCUCACCCUACACAGAAUGCGACGAGAUGCCACCCCUGAAGAAGGUGAAGAGCGAAACAGUGCGCCUCGCCAAGCAGGUGGCGCCCCCUAGGUCCAAAAGUGCGAGCCCCCGUGGAUCCGACUCCGAAGACAACGAGCGGCGACGCACCCACAACAUCCUGGAGCGCCAGCGACGGAAUGACCUCCGCUCCAGCUUCCUCACCUUACGGGACCAAAUACCAGAACUUGUGAAAAACGACAAGGCAGCAAAGGUCAUCAUUCUGAAAAAGGCCACUGAGUACGUGCAGGCCCUGCAGUCGGAGGAGCAGAAACUGUUGUCGGAAAAAGAGAAACUGAAAGCCAAGCAGCAACUGCUAGUAAAGAGACUGGAGGAAGUGAGGACUCGCUAAAACUAAGGCUGUCCCAACUGGUUGAAUGCCACUUUUGCACAUUUUAGACGUCAAGAAUGUUUCGGAGUUUUUUUUUCUGGUUAUCAAUCCAGCCGCAUUUAAACAUGGAACAAAAAUACUUCUGAAGCUUUAGAGGUACCUGUGUCUUGUCAAUGGAGAUCCUUUUUGAGAAGGCUUAUUGAUUGCCUUUUUCAAAACCUAUGUAAAUACCAGUUUAACAACUGCCUUUUUCAUGUGAUGGUUUGGUUAAGAGAAAAGAGCUACAGCCUGUGCUGCCGUUUUUUUGGACUGGAAUUUUAUACAGAAUAAUAACUCAACGUUUGAGGAGCAUGAACUUUUCCUAUAAAGACUUCUUGUUAAUCCUUGUUAUGUACUGUACUAAUUCUUACACUGCCUGUAUCCUUAGUGUGAUGCUGAUACAUGACUAAAUUUGAUACCUAUAUUUUCGUAUGAAAAUGAGUUGUGAAAGGUUUGAGUAGAUAUUACUUUUAUCACUUUUUUGACUAAAAUUUCUUUUGUACAGAAAUUACUAUAUAUGCCUUUACCUAGCCUCUCUCUUGUUUGUGUUGCUGUUGGGUUCAUAGAACUGGGUAACUGGCUGAGUUAUGUGUUUUUCAUAAUGUACAUACAGUGCUGCAACUUAUAGCACUUUUGAAAUACCUCACGUUUAUGAAAAUAAAUCCUAUGAAAUUAAUUACCUCUUGUGAUGGUGUCUAGUUUGCGGACUGCAACUGAAAUACUAAUAAAUGUCUGGCAAUGCUGUUUGAAGGUGAAGUGACUCUGAAAUACAAUUGGUGUUUUUGACAAAGUUCAAGUUUGAUAAUGAUCCAAACCAAGUCUUGUGUCAAUGCUAUUGUAUUUAGUUGUGUAAGAUUUAAUUACAAUAAAUCCUGCUAUUCGUGACUUUCCCACUUA